CAUUUUGGCUACGACACAUAUCUCUGAUAUACACAAAUGUACUCUAGCAUGGCCGAAUUGCAGAACGAGCCACUCCCUUCGGCCCCAUCGGCGCCACCCCCAAGUCCUCGGAUUACACCACCAUCAUCAGCGCCACCUCUUCCUUUUGAUUUGAAUGAUCAGCCCCUCACAAACACCGGCGUUCCGGUCAUGGCGGUGACCCUUCCUCAUUCCCCAGCCCCUUGGUCCACUGACCUAUGCGAUUGUUGUGACGAUCUCAGCAGUUGUUGCUUAACGUGUUGGUGUCCAUGUAUAACAUUUGGACGCAUUGCAGAAAUUGUGGACAGGGGAUCAUCUUCAUGUGGAGUGAGUGGAAUACUUUACAGUUUGAUGCUGUGCUUGAUGGGUUGCUCGUGUUUGUAUUCGUGCUUCUAUCGAUCUAGACUGAGAGGGCAGUACUUCUUGGAGGAGAAGCCAUGCGCAGAUUGCUGCGUCCAUUUUUGCUGCGAGGUAUGCGCUCUGUGCCAAGAGUAUCGACACCUUCAGAACCAGGGUUUCGACAUGUCCAUAGGUUGGUAUGGCAACGUCCACAAGCAGAGACGACUAGCCGAAAUGCUGCCACCGCCGGCAAUAAUGCCUCCACAACUUCAGACCGGCAUGAACCGUUAGCCGAUUACAUAUGUAGUUACAUUACGACAAUCCUAUAUAUGUAUAUUUAAUACGUUCUUGUACGUGCAGCGACUGGAGUCUUACAUAUAGUACUCUCCAUUGGUGAAGACUUAUAAUAAAAGGACGAGUC